AUGCAGAACAUCAAAGCGGUGGUUGUGGGUGACGGAGCGGUGGGUAAGAGCUGCCUGUUGAUAUCCUACACGACCAACAGCUUUCCCGGCGAAUACGUGCCCACAGUCUUUGACAACUACAGGGACACGGCGGGGCAGGAGGACUACGAUCGGCUGCGGCCGCUGAGCUACCCGCAGACCGACGUGUUCGUUCUGUGCUUCUCGGUCGCCAGCCCGACCUCGCUGGAGAACGUCAAGAGCAAGUGGAUCGCCGAGAUCUCGCACCACUGCCCUGAAGUGCCCGUAGUGUUGUGCGCCAACAAGGUGGACCUACGCGACGACGAUUCAAUCAUUUCUCGGUUGAGGGACCGAGGCCAGCACCCGAUCACCUACGACGAGGGAGCCGCCAUGGCCAAGCAGAUCGGGGCGGCCCACUACGUCGAGACGAGCGCGUUGACCCAGGCGGGCCUCAAGAACGCGUUCGACGUGAUCAUGCGGGUGGCCAUGGGCGGAGAACGUGCGAGCUCCUACAAGGGCAAGAAGUCCAAGGGUCGCGGCAAGGGCGGCAAGAGCGCCUACGACGCCAAGCCCGCACUCAUCCCUCCGGUGUUGCCGAAGCCUACGCACGCGCCGUGGACCAAUAUCCAGACGUCGACGUUCGCCGACGAUUUCAAGGGCCUCCUCGAGUCGUCGGCCGAAGCCGACGUCAAGUUCGUGGUGGAGGAGAGGGCCGUCAAGGCGCACAGGGGUGCGCAAUCGGCCGAGGCUACGACAGCGGCGGCAGCUGCGACGGUCAAGGCCAAGGCCAAGCAGAGCCAGAGCCAGAGCAACAAGGCCGCAAGCAAAUCCAAGAGCAGCACCAGCGCGAAGAAGAAGGGAAAGGGCGCCGACGACAAGCAGCAGCAGCAGAAGAAGAAGACGAAGAAGAACAAGAAGGAGAAGAAGAAAGAGGAGGAGGAGGAGGCGAAGGUUGAAGUCGCGGACACGAAAGGCGAAGAGGAGUCCAAGGAAGCCGAUGGCGGGGAGGAGUCGGAAAAGGACCCGGUGCUGACGUGCGACGGUCACACGUACGAGCGAACGAGCAUUGCCGAAUGGCUGCAGACGCACUCGACCGCGCCGAUCACCGGUGCCGAGCUGGAGAACAAGGCCCUGAUCCCCAACCACCUAGUCCGGUCCCAGAUCAAAGACUACCUCGACGCCCAGAAACAGGGCGGCAGCGGCAGCAAGGCCGGCGCCACUGCAGCCAAGCAGCCCAAGCCUCACUCGGCUCCGGCCGUUGCCGAGGAGCAGAGCGAAAGCGAAAGCGAAGAGGAAGAGGAAGAGACGGAGACGCAGCACAGGGCCGACGCCGACCCUUCGGUGCCGCCUCUCCACCGUCAGAUCAAUGCCGGCCAGAUCCCCGGCUUCUCCUCCAUCCACCGCGGCCGUACGUCUGGUGGUGGGGAGGAGGGCGUCGCCUACACGAUCGGGAUCAGCAAGCGCGUCAGCCACGCCGUCUUUGCCAGGGUGCUCGAGUUCUUCUACACCGGCAUCGCCACCAUCCGCGACAAGCUGGACGGGGUGCAGGACCUGCUGGCGGCGGCGGAGCUGUUCGGGCUCGAGCACCUGGCGACAAUCUGCCGCAACGUGAUGGACGACAGCGAGUUUCUCAACCCGUCGAUCGGGACGUGGCUGAACGACGAGGCGGGGGCGGUGGCCAAGCAGCUCUUCCUCAACCGGCCCCUCUUCUCCGACGUGGCGUUCGAAGUCGAAGGGAAGCGCAUCCACGCGCACAAGGCCAUCUUGAUGGGCCGCUGCAAGACGAUCCCUAUCGGAGACACGUCGCUGGAGAGCUUCCUGGCCUUCCUGGAAUUCCUCUACACGGACCACUCGCCCAUCUGCGAGAGUGGAGACUCCGUCGGCAUUCUCAUCCUCGCCAACCGCUUCGGGCUGCCGCGACUGGUCACCCUGUGCGAGCUCUACAUCACCAAGGAGGUCGAGACCGCCACCAGCGACGGUAUCGAGAAGGCCGACAUCGACGUGGUGGGCCUGCUUCACCUUGCCGAGCAGCACAACGCCGACCAGCUCGUUGGGUUCUGCCGUCACUUCAUCGCGUCCAACUAUCAGCCCAUGAGCAAGCGGCCCGAGUUUAGCACCCUCGAAGGCGAGAACCUCGAGUACAUCGAAGCCAACCAGUGGCCGCCCAAGUCGUACCUCGCCGAGCUGGCGGUCUACGAGAAGGCGAUCAAGGAGACGGACAAGGAUGCCAAGUGCAUCUGCAUGUAA